CCAAGAUCUGAGAAGCCUCUGUUUAAGAGAUUUAAUCUGGAGCGUGUUGUUUUUGUUUACCUAAAAAAACUCCCUCCUUUUGUUCUGAACAACUGAUAACAAGUGUUUUCCUUAGUCUGAUGGCCGAUUCUCUCUCUGUGACUAAUGUUUUUCUAAAAAGUCAGUUUCAAGUUUGAAAACAGUCUUAGAGCAAGUGAGGAAUGUCUGAUCUCGCUGCUGUGAGUCACAGUUACGAGAACGCGACUGCUCUGUUUCCUGUACUGGAGCUCACAUGGAUUUCACAAUCAUGAACUCAAACGAUUUUCCAAAGCUUACAUGAGAAGGGAGAGCAACUUCAGGGAGUUAUCUGACACUGACACUGUCACUUUUUUCUUCAGAGUUUUCAAAUAAAACUCACAAAAGUGUUUUAUGUGUGAAAGUUUUUUGUUUCUAUAAAGGAAGCCUCAGGAAUCUGCUUUUCAACCAUUUGUAAAUUUUUAUCAUCACAGCUAUGGCAACCAUUUGACUCAAUCCAUGAAGUUUUUUUUUCUACAAAGAAAUAAACACGGGAGGAUUAUCAUGAUCACAUGGUUGUUACUGCUGUCACUCUCUACAACGAGCACACAAGAUGGACAAGAAAACAGUGUUUUGCGUUGUGGACCUCAGAAUGUGACUCUUGACUACGACAGUUUCCUGUUAAAGUGGGAAGAUGACCCUUCUUGCUCUGUGAUACGAGAUGGGCUCGUGUACGAGCUGCAGCUUCUCACUGCAGACAAACCUGUACACAAUGGUGAAGUUGUUGUGACACCUGCACAGAUAGGAUCUACUCAUUCCUGGAAAUGGACUUCCCAUUUACCAUCGCAGUGUGCUCGCCAUUCAGUCCGGCUCAGGUCCCAAUACAACAACCAAUCAAGCCCAUGGAUGCAGAAGAUGCUACCUGACCAGGGUAAAAUACUGGUUCUCCCAAGAAAACAAAUAUUAAAGGUGGGCAGCACAGCCACAUUCUGCUGCACGGUGCCAGAUGGGGAAAGUAUUAAAACAAUGUUUCUACAUGACUACAAAGGCACUAAUGUAACGACUACAAAGAUCAGUGAACAUGUGCAUUCCCUGACUGUUCACCUGGACCAAGAAUCAGAAAACUGGAGUGAUGUAAUAUGUGAAACAACCAAAGGAAACAUCAGUGGAGCCAUUUUUCAUGCCAGCUACCCUCCUGAUGACAGUGAUCUUCAGUGUGAAACCCGGGAUCUGGAAUCAAUCGAUUGUUUUUGGAAUGUAGGAAGGGCAGCAAAUGAACAUCCUGCAAUGGAAAGAAUAUAUCAGCUCCAAGGAAGCCCAUGCAUCAAUGGACAUUCGGGAAAAUGCUCACAAAAAGUAGAGGUGGAUACAGUUGAGAGGAACUGGACCUUAACAGCAACUAAUCGGCUGGGAAAGCUCGAGCUCUGUGACAGGGCAAACCUGACUAAAAGAGUGCACAUGGUCGCGCCAGAAAAAGUGGCAGCUUCAACUGUGAACCCUAGAAACAUCAGUCUGAAAUGGAGCUGGACUGUGCAGAAGUACAGUAAUUUCAACCUCACAUGCCAAGUAGAUGUCAGCGAUGGAGACUCUAAUACCAAAGUUUUCCAGACUGAAAACUUUGGAGUUGGCCUCACAGCUGCAGUUAUCAAGGACCUGAUACCACACUGGGACUAUGACGUGAGGGUUCGAUGUGGAACAGCACAGCAUUUCUGGAAAUGGGGUGACUGGAGCAAAAGUGUCAAAAUCCGCACAAAGGGUGAUGUUCCAGAUGCUCUUGACGUGUGGAUGAAGGUGAAGGAAGACCAGACUGUAAUCUCCUGGAAGGUGCCACUGGCCAAUCAGAGCCAUGGAGAAAUCUUUGACUACAAAGUGUCCUGGGCAAAGACCAAAGAGAAAAAUCAGUCAAACCAAACCAACGUGUCCAGAAGCAAUCACAGUCUUACACUCACGCUGGACCCCAGUGAGGAGUACAUGGUCACCGUCACGGCUAGAAACAUAAACGGCAGCUCAUCCCCAUCAACCAUCAUCAUCCCCCGCCUCAAUCUAGAUAAAUCUGAGGUGAAGACCUCCUGGAUCAGUGGCAGCAAUGGUAGCUUCUUCCUGUCCUGGCCUGUUAGUCCUAACGCCAGCUGUGGCUACAUAGUGGACUGGUGUCCAGUCUUCGGUAAUUGCAUCUUCGAGUGGAUGAAAGUGCCUCCCAACAGAACUCUUACCACAAUUUUUUCAAAGAACUUUGAGGAUGGUCGGAGAUACCUGCUGUCCAUAUACGCCUGCACAGAGAGCGCUCCGGUGCUACUACAGAGAAGAGAGGGCUACGUCAGAGAGACCAGUGUUUUGCGUUGUGGACCUCAGAAUGUGACUCUUGACUACGACAGUUUCCUGUUAAAGUGGGAAGAUGACCCGUCUUGCUCUGUGAUACGAGAUGGGCUCGUGUACGAGCUCCAGCUUCUCACUGCAGACAAACCUGUACACAAUGGUGAAGUUGUUGUGACACCUGCACAGAUAGGAUCUACUCAUUCCUGGAAAUGGACUUCCCAUUUACCAUCGCAGUGUGCUCGCCAUUCAGUCCGGCUCAGGUCCCAAUACAACAACCAAUCAAACCCAUGGUUGCAGAAGACGCUACCUGACCAGGGUGUAAUACUGGUUCUCCCAAGAGACCAAAUGUUCGAGGUGGGCAGCACAGCCACAUUCUGCUGUACGGUGCCAGAUGGGGAAAGUAUUAAAACAAUGUUUCUACUCAACUAUAAAGGCGCUAAUGUAAAUGCUACAAAGAUCAGUGAACAUGUGUAUUCCCUGACUGUUCACUUGGACCAAGAAUCAGAAAACUGGAGUGAUGUAAUAUGUGAAACAACCAAAGGAGAGAUCAGUGGAGCCAGUUUUCAUGCUGGAUACCCCCCUAGUGACAGUAGUCUUCAGUGUGAAACCCAGGAUCUGGAAACCAUCGAUUGUUUUUGGAAUAUAACAAGGAAAACAGAGGAUGUUGAAAAACUGAGAAGAAAAUACCUGCUCCAGGGAAGCCCAUGCAAAAUUGGAGCAAUGCAUCAAUUGGGUAAAUGCUCGCAAAAAGUGGAGGUGGAUGCUGCUGAGAGGAACUGGACCUUAACUGUUACUAAUCCUCUGGGAAAGCUCGAGCUCCAUGACAGGGCGGACCUGACCAAAAGAGUGCACAUGGUUGCGCCAGAAAAAGUGGCAGCUUCAACUGUGAACCCCAGAAACAUCAGUCUGAAAUGGAGCUGGACUGUGCAGAAGUACAGUAAUCUCAACCUCACAUGCCAAGUAGAUGUCAGCGAUGGAGACUCUAAUACCAAAAUUGAAAACUUUGGAGUUGGCCUCACAGCUGCAGUUAUCAAGGACUUGAUACCACACUGGGACUAUGACGUGAGGGUCCGAUGUGGAACAGCACAGCAUUUCUGGAAAUGGGGUGACUGGAGCAAAAGUGUCAAAAUCCGCACAAAGGGUGAUGUUCCAGAUGCUCUUGACGUGUGGAUGAAGGUGAAGGAAGACCAGACUGUAAUCUCCUGGAAGGUGCCACUGGCCAAUCAGAGCCAUGGAGAAAUCUUCGACUACAAAGUGUCCUGGGCAAAGACCAAAGAGAAAAAUCAGUCAAACCAAACCAACGUGUCCAGAAGCAAUCACAGUCUUACACUCACGCUGGACCCCAGUGAGGAGUACAUGGUCACCGUCACGGCUAGAAACAUAAAUGGCAGCUCAUCCCCAUCGACCAUCAUCAUCCCCCGCCUCAAUCUAGAUAAAUCCGAGGUGAAGACCUCCUGGAUCAGUGGCAGCAAUGGUAGCUUCUUCCUGUCCUGGCCUGUUAGUCCUAACGCCAGCUGUGGCUACAUAGUGGACUGGUGUCCAGUCUUCGGUAAUUGCACCUUCGAGUGGAUGAAAGUGCCUCCCAACAGAACUCUUACCACAAUUUUUUCAAAGAACUUUGAGGAUGGUCGGAGAUACCUGCUGUCCAUAUAUGCCUGCACAGAGAGCGCUCCGGUGCUACUACAGAGAAGAGAGGGCUACGUCAGAGAGACCAGUGUUUUGCGUUGUGGACCUCAGAAUGUGACUCUUGACUACGACAGUUUCCUGUUAAAGUGGGAAGAUGACCCGUCUUGCUCUGUGAUACGAGAUGGGCUCGUGUACGAGCUCCAGCUUCUCACUGCAGACAAACCUGUACACAAUGGUGAAGUUGUUGUGACACCUGCACAGAUAGGAUCUACUCAUUCCUGGAAAUGGACUUCCCAUUUACCAUCGCAGUGUGCUCGCCAUUCAGUCCGGCUCAGGUCCCAAUACAACAACCAAUCAAACCCAUGGUUGCAGAAGACGCUACCUGACCAGGGUGUAAUACUGGUUCUCCCAAGAGACCAAAUGUUCGAGGUGGGCAGCACAGCCACAUUCUGCUGUACGGUGCCAGAUGGGGAAAGUAUUAAAACAAUGUUUCUACUCAACUAUAAAGGCGCUAAUGUAAAUGCUACAAAGAUCAGUGAACAUGUGCAUUCCCUGACUGUUCACUUGGACCAAGAAUCAGAAAACUGGAGUGAUGUAAUGUGUGAAACAACCAAAGGAGAGAUCAGUGGAGCCAGUUUUCAUGCUGGAUACCCCCCUAGUGACAGUAGUCUUCAGUGUGAAACCCAGGAUCUGGAAACCAUCGAUUGUUUUUGGAAUAUAACAAGGAAAACAGAGGAUGUUGAAAAACUGAGAAGAAAAUACCUGCUCCAGGGAAGCCCAUGCAAAAUUGGAGCAAUGCAUCAAUUGGGUAAAUGCUCGCAAAAAGUGGAGGUGGAUGCUGCUGAGAGGAACUGGACCUUAACAGUUACUAAUCCUCUGGGAAAGCUCGAGCUCCAUGACAGGGCGGACCUGACCAAAAGAGUGCACAUGGUUGCGCCAGAAAAAGUGGCAGCUUCAACUGUGAACCCCAGAAACAUCAGUCUGAAAUGGAGCUGGACUGUGCAGAAGUACAGUAAUCUCAACCUCACAUGCCAAGUAGAUGUCAGCGAUGGAGACUCUAAUACCAAAAUUGAAAACUUUGGAGUUGGCCUCACAGCUGCAGUUAUCAAGGACUUGAUACCACACUGGGACUAUGACGUGAGGGUCCGAUGUGGAACAGCACAGCAUUUCUGGAAAUGGGGUGACUGGAGCAAAAGUGUCAAAAUCCGCACAAAGGGUGAUGUUCCAGAUGCUCUUGACGUGUGGAUGAAGGUGAAGGAAGACCAGACUGUAAUCUCCUGGAAGGUGCCACUGACCAAUCAGAGCCAUGGAGAAAUCUUUGACUACAAAGUGUCCUGGGCAAAGACCAAAGAGAAAAAUCAGUCUAACAAAACCAACGUGUCCAGAAGCAAUCACAGUCUUACACUCACGCUGGACCCCAGUGAGGAGUACAUGGUCACUGUCACGGCUAGAAACAUAAACGGCAGCUCAUCCCCAUCGACCAUCAUCAUCCCCCGCCUCAAUCUAGAUAAAUCCGAGGUGAAGACCUCCUGGAUCAGUGGCAGCAAUGGUAGCUUCUUCCUGUCCUGGCCUGUUAGUCCUAACGCCAGCUGUGGCUACAUAGUGGACUGGUGUCCAGUCUUCGGUAAUUGCACCUUCGAGUGGAUGAAAGUGCCUCCCAACAGAACUCUUACCACAAUUUUUUCAAAGAACUUUGAGGAUGGUCGGAGAUACCUGCUGUCCAUAUAUGCCUGCACAGAGAGAGCUCCGGUGCUACUACAGAGAAGAGAGGGCUACGUCAGAGAGACCAAAAUAGAAGCCAAGCUGUUUAAACUCAAAUACAAACAGAAAGACUCAGCUGUUGAGGUAUCCUGGGAGCCCAUACCUCUGGAAAAGCAGACAGCUUCCAUCCAUGGAUAUAUUCUCUACUACCAGGACAAGAGCGGGAACAUUUUUAACGUGAGCACAGAUGAUCCUGAAGCCACCAGCCUCACUGCAAAGAACCUGAACAUCAGUACGUACAACUUCACAGUGACAGCAUCAACAGCAGUUGGACUUUGUGGUAAUACAUCCAUCAAUGUCAUCUUGAAUCCCCCGGCUGAUCAACUGAUAAUGCUGACCUUGAUAUCCCUGGGAGCAGUUUUUCUUAUUCUGUCUGUCAGCAUAAUCAUCUGCUACAGACACUGGGCAUGCAUCAAGGACAAAGUGUAUCCUCCAAUCCCAAAGCCGGUGCUGACUGAAAAUUGGCUGGCAUCACCAGAUGAACAUACCGUUCGUCCUCUUCCCUUUGAUCAGAGUCACUACAGUGAGGUCUUGGAUGUUCCUGAGCUGCAUGAUAAAUUCAGACCACCACAGCCUGUUGUUGGCCAGGACUACAUGCCUUUUACCUUCUCUCAGACUCCCAAAGGUUACUACAAUAAGCCUCUGAAGAAACUCCAGCCAUGUCUCACUUUGCCCACUACAGGCCUCACAUCUCGGCCAGGCUUGCCAUGUUUUCCAAUUAAUGAUGUAUUUCCUAACCCUUCAUAUAACCUGAUAGUGCAGGGUGAAGACCAGCAGUCACAAUCACAUCCUGAGAUCCAGGACGGGAUGCCUAUAAUUGAUAGUGGAUACCAGGCUCAGAGUCCUGAAGAGAGCUUUAGCACAGCUGAGUUAGAGGAGGAACCAGACAGUCCCAUUUCCUGUGUGUCCACAUACAUUUUGUUGCCACAGAAAACUUCCAAAUAGCAGCUACAUGUGUGGACACAUUUAAGCCUUGCACACGUACUUGAAGCGACCUUAACUACUGCAUAGAAAACACAAGCUGUCCCCAUCCACACAGUGACCUGGUAGAUGUUCAAAGGAGCUCUACUGUUUUCAUGUUUAGCUUCAAUCAAAGCAUGCGAUACAUUUUAGUUCAGUUUUGUACAUUGGUGGUGUUGUGGUGCAGUGGUGCUCGUUAGCACUGUCACCUUGUUGCAGGAAGGUUGUGCGUUCAAAUCAUCUGUCAACCAUUUCUCACGAAAGUAAAAUGUGUGAUUCCUUACUGGUUACAGCUGAGUCACUUUAGCCAGCGGUCAGUUGUGGAUUCAAACAGACAACAGCAAGCUAGAAUAAAAAGUAACACCAACACACUAACCAACCCCUGUGACUGCAGCUGGCUUCCUUUUAUACUCUACUCGCUUCAGGUGAGACUCUGGAAUAACCUAAAUCUGGGGGUAACAAAGAAAUGAAAAAAAUAAACAUCCACAUAAACAAAAACUGAACCAAAAUAUAAUACAAAGAAGACAUAUUUACACAUAUACAAACUCCUAUAAAUACUUCAACAACAUUUGUGCUUUAUUCAGUGAUGGAUAAUGGAAACACUCAAACCUAAACUCCCCUAUUGUGGCACAUUGGUUUACUCCAGAAGCUUAUAAGCAGGUGAUUGUUGCUUUUACUAAUUUGCUGCACAUCAUGCUGAGGAAACAACUAGGAGAAGUUGAGGACUGCACCCCUGGUCUGCAUUACAGGAUGAAACUGGUCACAACAAGCUAUACAGUGCUGCAUCGAAAAUCUUGCAAUUGCAGGUUGCCAGUAGUUUGAAUGGAAGAUACCGCCUUGCCUGCAAACACUCAAUAACUACCCUCUGAGCUCAAGAGAAACUGUGAAAAGUAUGAUGCUAAAAACUGACUCUUUGCCUUCAAAGUAAAAGUUGUGCCUUACAUUGCAAACAACACAUUUCCAACUGUGUAAAUUUUACUUUGAAGAGUAGAACAAAUGUGUUUUUAGACAAGUCAAUAUCUUCCAUGCAACCGCAGGUGACUGCAGCACUCUGCUGUCUAUCUGGGUUUACAGAAACCUGUCAGUGAAUACACAUUUCUCCCUGUCAUCCAGAGGUUUCCAUGAGGUCCCCACUUGGCCUCUAGAACAGUCUAAAGUUUGCUUUUUGUUCAUUUUGUUUGUUUGUUGGACAAUUAAAAGCCAACCGUGUAAAUAAAGAAAAUGUAUGUAGAAAUUCCACUCAGACAUUUGAGAAAAGCCUUUCUAAAGUCUGAUUUGUUUUCCUGUGAAUCCUGUGAAGUCUGUACAAAUGUCAGCUGUUUGCAUUUUCAGUUUAGUGCUGUUGUGUGAAUCAGACUGUCAUCACCACAGAAACUGAGCUCAUCAUGUUGGAGCGAAGAGAAAAUGAACAAUAGAGGAGCUCAGAACUGACAGACUGAUUUAUGUGUAUUUUAUGUAUUUAUGAGUGCCCUACCUUAUUGAAAAAUGUGAAUAGUUCCAUGUAGCUUUUGAGAGGUCUUUGCUGUUGAUCUGUGUUUAUAAGAACCAAGAAAUUACGAUUGAUUCAAUGCUGUAAACCAAUAAAACAAGAAGCUUCAAGAGUGAGUC